AUGUUAGCAUCACAUAUACACAGAUGUACUAGAUAUGCAUCUAUUCUACGUUCCACCAAGAGUUUAGUAUAUCAAACUAGGUUGUACUCAGACGAUUCCAAUAAUUCUGGAAAGCCAAAAACCAAUAGAUUUGCUCAGCAAUUCGGAAUCCCAAGCAGAAAUAACAACCAAAACUCAAAUUAUAACAGACAUGGUCAAGAUGGUGGCAAUUACAGGCCAAGAAGGGAACCGAGCCAAGGAUAUUCAGGUAACAAUGCCCCUUCUCAAUCAAACUACUCAUCUCCUAACAGAAACACAUCCUAUGAUAGAUCUCCGCCAAACAGGGAUCAGGCACCACAAUAUAGGAAUCAGCAACAGAGCUAUAGACCCAGAAAUGAGGGAUAUUCACAAAAUGGUGGUUCAUACCAACAAUCUGGCUCCAGACCUCCACAGAAUCAAUAUGGCUCCAGACCUCCACAGAAUCAAUAUGGCCAAAGACCUCCACAGAGCCAAUAUGGCCAAAGACCGCCACAGCAGCAAAAUGUUGAUAGACAUGCCCAGAGUCCAAGACCUCCACAGAAUCAACCAUCACAGAAUCAAAGUGCCAGCCCCAGCAAACCUCCACCCGCACAUUACCCUCGUAAUUUUUUUAUGACGUCAAGGAAUCCAAAGAGGAGGACUAAGACGAAUAAGAUACGUAAACCACUUGUUAAGAUCCAUUUACCUCCCUUCGUCUCCGUAUCCAACUUAGCCACCAUCAUGCAGGCUCCUAUUAAGGAUGUAUUUAAGAAAUUAGAAGGGUUGGGAUUUGAAGAUAUCAGACAUGAUUAUUUACUUGAUCGAGACAAUGCGGCUUUGAUUGCUGAUGAAUAUAAUAUCGAAGUUUUAGUUUCUGAAAAAGAUGACCAACAUGAGGAUCUUUUCCCAGCUCCUGUGAAUGAAAAACUCUUAAAAGAAAGACCACCAGUUGUUACAAUCAUGGGUCAUGUUGAUCAUGGUAAGACGACAAUUUUGGAUUAUUUACGAAAAGCCAAUGUUGUAGCUCAAGAAUUUGGUGGGAUUACUCAACAUAUUGGUGCGUUUUCUGUCAUAACUCCAAUGUCAAAGAAGAAGAUUACUUUCUUGGAUACACCAGGACAUGCUGCAUUCCUUAAGAUGAGAGAAAGAGGGGCAAUUAUUACCGAUAUUGUUAUUUUAGUCGUGGCUGCGGAAGAUUCAGUCAUGCCCCAAACUGUUGAAGCUAUCAAACAUGCCAAAAAGUCAGGUGUGGCUAUGAUUGUGGCUAUCAACAAGUGUGAUAAACAUGGAGUUGAUAUCGAUAAGGUGUUGGCUGAUCUUUCUAGACAUGAGGUUGAUAUUGAAGAUUAUGGUGGUGAGACUCAAACUGUUCGUAUUUCUGCCAAAACGGGAAUGAAUAUGGAUAAAUUAGAAGAAGCAGUUAUUACAUUGAGUGAAUUAUGUGAAUUCAAAGCAGAACAUACUGGUAUUCCAGCCGAUGGUUGGAUUAUUGAAUCUCAAGUUGUAAAAGGACUCGGAAAUCUGACAACUGUGUUAGUUCGUAGAGGAAGUCUUAAGCCUGGGGAUGUUAUCGUCGCUGGUCAAACUUACUGUAAGAUUAGAGGUAUGAGAGAUGAAAAUGGUAAACCUGUCAAGAUUGCUGGUCCAUCUGCACCUGUCCAAAUCUGGGGUUGGAAAGAUUUACCAGAUAGUGGUGAUCAAGUAAUACAAGCAAAAUCGGAAGCGAUAGCUAAGAAAUGUGUUGACUAUAGAAUAACCAAAGCCAAAGAAAUUGAAGCAGCUAGAGACAUUGAAGUUAUUAAUGAAAAGAGACUUGAUAAUCUUAAGGAAUCUGAACGUCUUGAAAAAAUCGCGAAAUUGAAGAAAGCUGGAUUAGAUGCUAGUGAAUAUGAAAAGGAAGAAGAGGACAGUGUCAAACAAUGUAGAUAUAUCAUUAAAGCCGAUGUGUUUGGAUCAGCAGAAGCAAUAGAAGAGAGUAUUUCUGGUUUGGGUAAUGAAGAAGUUAAAUCUGUCGUUGUUUCUCAUGAAGCAGGUGCUCCAACUGAUGGAGAUAUUGAAUUGGCCAAGACUACAGGUGCUAGUAUACUUUGUUUUAAUAUUAAAGUUCCUAAACCAAUAAUGCAAAAAGCAGAAGCAGCAAAAGUUUCCAUUAGCGAACAUAAUGUUAUCUAUAGAUUGAUUGAACAAGUAACAGAAGAAUUAAAUGCUCAAUUGAAACCAAGAAUUGAGGUUAAGACAUUGGCUGAAAUUGAAGUUAGGCAAGUUUUCGAAAUCAAAGCCAAAGGUUCUAAAGUCAAAGUUGCUGGGUGUAAGGUUAAUACUGGAUCUCUCCAGAGAUCAGCUAAGGUUAUGGUAUUUAGAAACGAUAAGGAAGUUUACAAGGGAACAUUAUCUACUUUGAAACAAAAUAAAGAUACUGUACUGGAAGUUAAAUUAGGUCAAGAAUGUGGUCUUUCAUUCGAAGGUUGGGAAGAGUUUGAAGAAGGUGAUGUUAUUAAAGUUUAUGAAGAAAUUGAACAUAAACGAUACUUGUAA